UUGUUAUACAUAUAAAGAAAAGAAUAAACUAUAAUAAUAAUGACUGUGUCUAAAACUGAAAUCAAGCAACAAUUAGCUACUUACGUUCCCAAUGAAAAAGAACGGUUGGUAAUCAGAUCAGCAAUGUUCAGUCUCAUUACUUUUGCUACAGUUGGUGCAGCAUCUCUUGGAAUGUCAGCGCGCAUGUGGUCAAAAUCACGAACACCAGUUGGAAAAAGAUCAGGAAUUCCUACUAUAUUGGGAUUUUUUACUGGUCUUACACUAGGAGGUGCACUUGGUAUGAACAAGGGUAUGCAAACAUUGCGUGCUUCCCUACCAAGUGAUUCUGGACUCUUGACUCUUAUACACGAACAUGAUGAGAUUAAACAGCAAGAAAUAAAUCAAGCAUUACUCCAGAACUCAGAUGACACAAUCUCCAGUGGAUUAUCUAUUGACAAUGAUAAUGACCCACUACCCACCCUUGAUAUUCUCGAAUCACCGGUUGCAAGUAACGAUACUCUUCUGUUGGCUGCACCUUCAGACGAAUAAAUUUGAUCAAUUCAACGAAAUAUUAAUUAAAUAUUAAUAAAUAAAAUAAAAUAAAAUUAUAAUAAAAUAAUAGUAAUAAUAAUG